AUGUCAAUCCACAACCUUUUUAAGGUGCUCAGCACCGCAAUGAUUAUGCCAGCCAUAAUCGUACCUGCUAAAGGAAUCGACGCGCCCUCUUCACCCAACAACCUAACGAUUCCGACUCCUGACAACACUACGAACCCGCUCAGGCUUGAGGCAAGCAAACAGAACGUUCUUAUCGGAUCGGGAGCAAUCAAUCCGGAAUACCUCAAUGAACCUAAAUUUGCAGCCGUCGUUGCUGAGCAGUUCGGCAGUAUCUCACCUGAGAAUGAGCUCAAAUGGUCAUUCAUCCACCCAACUAAAGACCAUUACAACUGGGACACCAUUGACAGCCUUGUAAACUUUGCGGGCGAGAAUGACAUGGUAGUAAAGGGACAUGGGCUUAUAUCAAGUUGCUGCAACCCGGACUAUCUUCUCAACAUCACGGAUCCGGCUGCAUUCCGUGCUGCAAUGAGAACUCAUUUCGAGGCAAUUAUGCACCGCUAUAAUAGCACUGUCGACCGAUGGGAUGUUAUCAGCGAGGCUCUUGAGACCAGUGGGGGCGGCUUGCAGCACAAUGCCUUCUACAAAGCGCUUGGUCCUGCGUAUGUUGCUGAUGCCUUUCGCAUAGCCCGAGCGGCGAGCCCGUCUGCCAAGCUAUUUCUCAACGAAAAUCAGGUUGAAUCACUUGCUGGUAAACGCCAAGAACUUUACGAUCUGGUUGCUAGUCUUGUUAAAGAAGGGGUCCCUAUUGAUGGAGUUGCCCUGCAGAUGCAUAUAACGCUGGUAUCUCCUAAACCAGGCGUUCUAACAGACAUAGUGAACUCCUACAAAGCGCUAGGGCUGGAGGUUUCUAUCGCCGAGAUGGACGUUCAUGUUUUUGACAACAACGUCCAGGCUAAUAUUUACGGCUCUGUUCUGUAUGAGGCUUUGACUGCUGGAAUAACAGAUAUCAGCUUCUGGGGGUUUACGGACAAGCAUCUUUAUACCUGGCUACCAGGCGCAAAGCCAUUAAUGUUCGAUGAACAGUAUCACCCCAAGAAGGCUUUUUUUGCCACUAACGCGGCUCUCAAGGAGUAUGCUUCUUGGGCUGCUCUCAAGGAGUCCGCCAUGCAGCCUACGAAGUAAUUAAAUAGCAUCUACUAUAUAUUUUUAGUUAGAGUAUUUAUAGGCCCUAUCUAUAUUGUUGUUAAUAGACGUGUCUAGCCCUUAUAGCUAUAGUAGUAUAAUAAACAGAGAGAUAUGCUCUUGCUUAU